AUGGAUAUCCAAUUUCUUUGCAGCAAAUGGCAGACCCCAAAGCGCGAAGAACACGAAAGAUCGGAAAGGGGUUCCUUAAGGGUUUAUAGGAUCAUCUCUACAAGAUUCCAACUUUCUCUUCCUGGGUUCAGCUCAAAAAUUGCAACAAGGGCUUCAAAGCCGGUAUAUUGUGUAGAUUUGUCAUGCAAAAUGGCAACAAAGUCAUUGAACAACAUUUGGAUUCGACGCCAGCAAUGUCCAUGUGGAGACUGGAAGUGCUAUAUUAAAUGUGAAGGAGAUGAUCAGACGACAUUAGGGUCACAACUGGUAAAGAGCGAGACAGCAUCGUCAUCGUCAUCAUCAUCAGAUGUUUUCACUCCAUAUGUUGGUCAGAUAUUUAAAACUGAUGAUGAAGCAUUUGAAUACUACAGCAACUUUGCUAGAAAAAAUGGGUUUUCAAUUAGGAAGGCACGCUCAACCGAAAGUCAAAAUUUAGGGGUCUAUAGAAGAGAUUUUGUUUGUUACCGGUCUGGAUUUAAUCAACCAAGGAAAAAGGCCAAUGUGGAGCACCCCAGGGAUCGGAAAUCAGUACGGUGUGGAUGUGAUGCAAAGUUGUAUUUGACAAAGGAAAUUGUUGAUGGUGUUACGCAAUGGUACAUUUCACAAUUCAGUAAUGUUCAUAACCAUGAGUUACUGGAAGAUGACCAAGUUCGCCUUCUUCCUGCCUAUAGAAAAAUACAAGAGGAUGAUCAGGAACGCAUUCUUUUGCUCUCUAAAGCUGGGUUUCCGGUGAAUCGGAUCGUGAAGGUGUUAGAAAUAGAAAAGGGAGUUCAACCAGGACAGUUGCCCUUUAUAGAGAAAGAUGUUAGGAAUUUUAUUAGGACGUGUAAGAAAACUGUUCAAGAAAAUGAUGCAUUGCUCACUGAGAAAAGAGAAAAUGAUAUGUUAGAACUUCUCGAUGCUUGCAAUGCUAUGGCGGGGAAGGAUGAAGGAUUUGUUUACAAUUUUACCAAAGAUGAAAAUGGAAAAAUUGAAAACAUUGCAUGGUCAUAUGGGGACGCUGUUCGUGCAUUUGCAGUCUUUGGUGAUGUCCUCACUUUUGACACCACAUAUCGCUCUAUCACUUAUAAUAUGCUUCUUGGGGUGUGGUUUGGCAUUGACAAUCACGGCAAGGCAAUUUUCCUCGGGUGUGUUCUGAUACAAGAUGAAAAUUCGCAGUCAUUUUCUUGGGCAUUACAGCAGACUUUCAUUCGAUUCAUGAGAGGAAGACGGCCAGAGACUAUUGUAACUGAUAUAGAUGCGGGGCUUAGAGAUGCUAUGGCAACUGAGUUGCCAAAUACUAAACAUGUCAUAUGUCUAUGGCAAAUUCUAUCCAAAGUAUCUAGUUGGUUCUCUUUGGCACUUGGUUCGCAGUUUGAAGAAUUCAAAUCCGAGUUUGAUAUUUUGUGUCAUCUAGAGAAUGCAGAGGAUUUUGAACACCAGUGGAAUAAUCUUGUUGCUCGGUUUGGACUUGGUUCAGAUAAGCACAUAGCUCUACUCUUUUCUUUUCGAGCAUCCUGGCCAUUUUCCUAUAUUAGAGGUUACUUUCUAGCUCGCACCAGAACACCCGAGUAUUCGAAAUCUGUGGACACAUUCUUGAGGAGUAUCUUGAGCGCACAAACAUGUUUGCAAGUCCUGUUUGAACAGGUUCAUACUGCUGCCAACUUUCAGUAUCAGACCCGGGGUGAGCCGCAAUAUAUGCCCAUUAAAACAUGCCUCCCUGUUGAAGAACAUGCACGUAGUAUGCUUACACCUUUUGCCUUCAAUGCAUUACAACAUGAAAUUGUGCUGUCUAUGCAGUACGCAGCAACAGAAAUGGCUAAUGGUUCAUUUCUUUUGAGACACUACAAGAAAAUGGAAGGAGAGUCUCUUGUGUUUUGGAUACCAGAAGAGGAGCAAGUUCACUGUUCUUGUAAGGAAUUUGAACAUUCUGGCAUUUUAUGCAGACACUCUAUACGGGUAUUUGUACUGAAGAACCACUUCCAAAUCCCUGUAAAAUAUUUUCCGCUUCGAUGGAGACUUGAGAGUUCCUUAGUUCCUGUGGAUGAUCCAAUCAUUCAAUGCAACAACGACGAGUGUUCUCAAGCCUUUCAUUCUCUUACUGCAACUCUUUUCUCUGAAUCAUUGAUCUCCAAGGAACGCUUUAAUUAUGUUCAUAAUGAACUUACACAGCUUCUUGAGAAUGUGCAACAAAUGCCAGCUAACAACAAUGAAAUCACUUUGAAUUUGGCUCCUAACAAUGUCAGUGAGUCUUAGGUUUGUGAUGUACAGCUUGACGUCUAAUGUAACUGCAUUUGGGACCUUUUAUUUAACAAGUCUAGGGAAAUUGGAUGAUGAAAUUAGUUGUUGAAAGCAUCAAAAAGAUAAAGUGUUGUUAUUAUUGCUUUCAAUCAAAUAAACUCAUACUUUGCACACUGGAAAACUAAAUAGGGGCAGUGAAAUGUAGAUUUCUUCUCAACAUCCAACAGUCAUUCCCAAUUUUUGUGGGUGGUUUUUUUUUUUUUUUUAAAUUUAAAUUUCUUCCUUUUUUGUCUGAAUAGAUUGUGAAGAAAGCUGUCAUUUGUCCUUGAUAAAUGUAAUCUGCCCUUUUGACAUGGAUUCUCUUUGAAUUGGAAAGAUGUUGCUUUCUUGUGAUUUGUUGAACUUUUGAUUGUUUUAUCACAGCUGGCUGAUGUUAGGAUCUACGAGAAUGACUUAGAUUGCAUUUUUGAGUAAUGUUUUCCUUAAGUUUUUCUUCUCCGCCUUUCAAAUUAUUGUUGAAAAAUCUCAAACAUAUGAUGUUUUAGCUUAGUUUUAUUCUUCUAAUCAAUCCAUUCAGCUGGAACAAGAAAAGAGGCAGAAGAAAAUAUAUGUUCAAACUUCAUUUGCAGUGUAUUUAUACCAAUUGCUUCUAAUGCAGGUGAAUUUACUGAGGUAAGUCUUUAUCUGCUGUUUAAUUAUUGAUUCUCUUAGACAAUCUGGAAAAUGCAUGAUUGUUAUUUUUCGCUCUUUCAGCUGAUUGUUUCUACAACCUGAAUUCUUUUUUGUAUGAGUUUGUUUGAUCAGAAGCCUGACUGAUUUUUCCUGUGGGAUUGUGUAAUCAUUGGCUAAGCAGCAUAUCAUAAGGUACAUCUCAUUUGCUUCUAAUUUAGCCGUCAUAUAAAAAUGUUAAUUGACAGUUCUACGCAGAUCUUUUUGUCAAUGAUUUACAGGUUUAAGUCCUUAAACUUUUGUUAUUAUAUCAUUGUUAUUGUCUGUGUUGAUAUUAAGCCAUUGCUCCAUACUUUGUUCCAUAUUUAUGUUAUCUUUUGUUGGUUUUGAACUUCUUUUUCUUUCUUAAGUAGUCAAAUAGGCCAGCAUGUUUUGAAGGAGGAAUCAAGUGAACAAAGACAAUGGAAACAAUAGAUGCAAUGACAGUCUAAGAAGCAUGGAUGCGGAUAUGGACACAAAGAUGACAAUUUUGAAAAAUUAAAAUACAGACAUGUUGGAGAUAUGACGAAAGAAUUUUUUUUUUUAUGUGUGUAUUUGCUAUAUAUAUGAAUAUAAAUUUAGGGCAAUUAUAUAUGUAAGGCACAAAGGUA